AUGGCGGCCUCUCUGCUUCCCACGGGCGGCAUUGCCCUCGUUGGCGCCCCGGAUAGAGACAUCGGACGGAACCACGCCGUCUUAACCCCGGUACACGCCAUGCAGCUGGAAAUGACCCAGGACAUUGUCGACGAGCUUCUCGAAAGUGCCAGGAGCGGGAAACCACCACAAAUCUUCUUUGGAAGGGCUCCUCAACUCAAAUACGCCGACAAGACCCACGUCCUGCAUAGCAGCCCCGAGACGCACCGAUACGAAUUGUACAGGUCCAGCGGGGCUGGCAGCGACGACGACGACGACCUCGAAUUCGCAGGCUUGAUCAACCACACCCUCACAGUGCAGAAGGCGGAACAUGUCACGGCAGGCGUAGACACGGCCUUGGAACAGCUCAGGAGUAGCAUGGCUGCCAUCUCAGAGAUCAAGGAAGCCAACAAGACUAUUGUCGGCGAAGCUACUCCAGGUCGCACACCAGCCCAUCGCCGUUUUCCUUCGUCUGGCUUCAAAGCGCAGCACCUCGCGCCCUCCCCCCUGCUGAGUGCUGCCUCCUCGCCCAUGCACAGGCGGCCACCCACGUCACAACCCAACAACAGUCAUGACAUGGUCCUCACUGCCCUUCGUGUCCCCAUCAUCCACCUCCUCGCCAGGGAGCCCGCUACAGACAUGACUCUUGCCAGCACAUGCCGCACGUCGCUCGCCAGCGUGCGAGACGUCCUGUCCAAGAUUGCCAAGCGCUCUUCGCCAGACGCCGACAAGUGGCAGCUGACUGACAAGUCCUUUCGUGAAGUAAACCCUUGGAAAUUCCCAUAUCAGUCCUCCGAGGACCGCCAACAAGCAAUCGACUGUGCAAUCAAGUCGUUUGACCGUCAGCGCCUGGCCAAGGACGACAAGCUUUGGCAAAUCCUACUGCCGCGUGAAGAGCGAGGCCAGGGUAUCUGCUUGUCACGUUCCAAGGUGAAGGCACCGGAGGCUAAACCCAAGCCAAGCACACCGAUGCAUAAGAUUUCAGAUCUGACCAAGAAGAAGCCCGUUGCUAAGAAGGCCGAGGACAAGGUCACUGAGAAGAAACCCAAGGCUGUAAAGGACACGGACACUAAGCCCAAGACCAUGAAGGAAAAGUACCUGGCUCCUACACCUUCGUCUCGGCCUACCGCACCUUCUGACCGCAACACUCACCCAACCGACGCUUCCAAAAUCCGCAUCAAGAAAGCGCCCGCUGCCAAUUUCAAUUCAACGCCGCGAGUGAAGCCCAAGAUGCCUGCCCGAGAUCUCUACAAGGACCGCCCCUCCAGACCAGUCAGGCCUGCGAUGCCCAUAAACACCAAGCCGAAGAACCCAUCUCCGCUCUCAGCAUCUCCGCCUCUCAAUGCCAGCGACUUUGAAGACAACCACCCCGUCCACAAAGCCCUCGCCGCGGCUCCCUCGCCCGCCAAGACCUCCUCCGGCAACUCGGAUCGCUCGUUGAAGCGCAAGGCGAACGACAUCGAUAGCGGCAUUCACGAUCACGGCUCGGCUGUGAAGAAGGCCCAUAUGGACCGCUCAACGCCGAACCAUACGCCGUCGCACACCAACGGCAGGCUCAAUGGCUCUACGCCUUCAAGCAGUAGCUCACUGAAGCGCAAAUCAGACGCGUCGUCUAGCUCCAACACCCCCACCACCACCCCCAAAGUGCGCAAGGUCGCCAAUAUCGAUACCGGCCUUGCUUCGCGCUACCAUCAUAACAAUCCGCAGGCGUCACCAGGCGCUUCCUCAGCCUCCACUACCUCACCAUCCAUGCCAAGCCUGAGCUUCCGCCAGACGGUCGAGCUAUCUCAGAAGUUUCAGAAGUAUUACAAGAAGUACGAGGAGUUGUACUGGCAGUUGACCGAAGCGGUGAAGCCACCAACGGACGCGCAGAGGAACGACCUACUCAAGAUGCACAAGAAGCUCGAGGAGAUGAAGAGAGAGAUCAAGGCGGGUGCCGGCGUGCAUCGAUGA